AUGAAUUAAAUUGAAAAAAUGCUGAUUUAUCUAUUUGGAUUUGAUUCAAGUCAAAUAGAGGGAUUAUAGAUCAAUAAAAAAUUUGAACACAACAUCAUAUAAGUAUUAUACCAAAAUGCCAUCGCAUCAAUCACAAUCUAUUUCUUUACUGAGAUGAUUUUACUAAUACAAUUACUUAAAUUUCCAUUAAAUUCAAAAAAACCAUUAAUAGAUAUGGAGAAAUAUUUGUCAUUCAAUCAUAUUUUACUGAAUUUGUCUCAAUUUAUUUUCUUAUUUUUUACUUUACUCAUUUUAUGGCAUGCAUUUGGUAUUGUGAUUAUUUUAUUUCUACUAAUUCACUCUAUAUUAUAAUAUUAUGUUGGCAACAUAAGAUAAUCUUCCUUCUCAAAUUCAUGGAUUCAACAACAAAAUUUAUAACAUUCUGCAUUAUUUCCUAAAUAUGGUUACUAAUUUUAAUGGGAAACUGCUACGAUGGUAACCUUAGGAUAUGGGGAUGUCACUCCAUACAAUAUUUAUGAAGAUAUCUGUGCAAUCAUUAUGAUAUUCUUUGCAAUUGUAGUAUUUGCAUUUUAAAUUAAUGCAAUUGCAAUUAUAUUCUCAAAUAUUGAUUUGCAAAAACAAUCUUAAAAGAGGAAUCUACUAUUGGUAAAUCAAUAUAUGGAUAAAAAUGAAGCUUCUUUGUAAUUGCAAAGUUGA